AUGCCAGAUAAACAUAAACUCAAACUAUUUGGAAAAAAUAAACACGACAAAGAUGACGAAUUGUCCUUGUCAACGUCAAACCAUUCUCACGGAAGUACACGGAAGUUUUUAGGAUUUCAUAUUGGAAGACAUGAAUCGGGCGACUCGUUGACUUCUCCAGUUAUGAGCAAUUCAUCCGAAAGUCAUCAUCACAGCCAUCACCCUCAUCAAGCCAAUUCAAGUGCAAACCAUCGUAACCCUUCUCCAGUUCAUUCCAAUACUGGUACUGCCACUACCAUUCCAUCAAUACAAUCACCACAACCUCAAGCAUCUGGAUUACACCGCGGGGACUCCGAUAAAAAAUCAUCUGGCUCAGUUGUUGAUUUGAAAAAAUUCUUCAAAACAAAGAAAACUUCAAAUCCAAGAAAGGAAGGACAUAGUAUUUUGGGACAAUAUAGCAAUCAGCUCCAUUCACCACCACCAAUGGCGCAGGUUCAUUCGCCUGGUGCAGGGUCGGGGAACGGCAGUGCCUUGCAAUCACGUGAACAAUCAUCUACGUCAUUAGCCACUUUAAUCAAUCAAACAUCUUCUCAACUUUUGUACAAUGCUUCACAUUCUGUCAAUAGCAAUCGAGAUCCCUUCACGGACGACAACUCUCCAUUGGUGAAGAAGUAUGGUAAGAUCGGGAAAGAGUUGGGCAGUGGAGCCGGUGGGUCCGUCAAAUUAAUCACCAGGCCCAGUGACUCCAAGACGUUUGCUGUUAAAGAAUUUAGAGCGAAAAGAUCUACUGAAUCAUUGAAGGAUUACACUAGGAAAUGUACUGCUGAGUAUUGUAUUGGUUCUACUUUGAGGCACCCAAACAUCAUUAAAACCAUCGAUAUUAUCCAUGAAAACAAUCGUUAUUUUGAAAUUAUGGAAUAUGCACCUAUAGAUUUCUUUGCUGUUGUUAUGAGUGGAGAGAUGUCUCGAACGGAAAUCAAUUGUUGUUUAAAGCAAAUUAUUGAAGGUGUGGCAUAUUUACACAAAUUAGGGUUGGCCCAUCGUGAUUUGAAAUUGGAUAAUUGUGUUAUAACGAAUGAAGGGAUUUUGAAGAUUAUCGAUUUUGGUAGUGCUGUCAUUUUCAAGUAUCCCUACGAACAGUUUGGUAACAACAAUUCUAUUCAGCCGUGUCAUGGUAUUGUUGGAUCUGAUCCUUACUUGGCCCCCGAGGUUUUGAAAUCUCCUAAUAGCUACAACCCACAACCUGUGGAUUUAUGGUCUAUUGCCAUAAUUUACUGUUGUAUGACUUUGAAGAGAUUUCCUUGGAAAAUACCUAGUCAAGAAAAGGAUAACAGUUUCCGACUUUAUUGCAUGUAUGAUGAUAAUUUCCAUGAUUAUUAUUUGAGUAACGAAUGUCAUAAACUUUUGUUGCAACAGCGUAAACUAAAGAAUACAAUUGUUAGACUGAACAAAAGGAAAAAGCAGCUAGAAGAGGAAAAGGGCGACAAGCCUGAAGAAGACGAAGAAAUGAAAGAUGCCGAUAGUGCACCACAGCAACAUCAUCAUUCUCAUGAUGUAGAGCUGGGAAAAACUGGUGGAUCUACGGUUGGCAAAGACAAGUCAAAUGAAGCUGUUACCGUUUUAACAGAUGAGCAAGCAGAAGAGAUUAUGGCACAAUUAAAUGAGAUUGAUAGAAAACUACAAGAGUUUGAAGAUAAAAAGAAUCAACUUAAAGAGAAAUAUGAGGCUUUGCGAGAUGCUGAUCCUAGAUAUCAAAAACAGUUGGCACAAAUUCACGAAGAGGAAGAAAAGCAAAGACUAAAAGAUGCCGAGCACGGUGCCGAUGAGAAAAAGAAAUCACAUCAUAAACAGAUUCAUGGUCCGUAUAGAUUGAUGAGAUUGUUGCCACAUGCUGCUAGACCAGUCAUAUCAAGAUUAUUGGAGGUUGAUCCAAAGAAAAGAGCAACUAUGGAAGAAAUUCUAGAAGAUGAAUGGAUUAAAGAAAUUCAAUGCUGUACAGUUAAGCCAGUUUCAAAAUCAACAGAUGCAACAUUAGAUUUUAUUGAGGAUGAGGACGAAGUAUUGGUGAAAGGAGUACCUCCACACGAGCAUACAAUUGUGAAAGAAGGUUGA